UCUCUUUGGCAAAAGCCACUUCACACUCUUCUCUAAAUCCCAUUUCUUUAUUAUUCUUUCUUUCUCUAAAGAAAAAGAUUCUUUAACUCUUUUAUAGUUUUGUCAACUCUUUCAUUGCCAUCUGUUACAAAACACUACACCACACCUCUUCUUGAUUCAUCAGUUUCAAGUCUUCUUCUUCUAGUCUCAGGGAUCAAAUCAAUCCAAUGGCACAGAUCUUAGCAGCUUCACCAACAACAUGUCAGAUGAGAGUGCCUAAACACUCAUCAGUCAUCACUAACAAGUUGUGGAGCUCUGUUGUAUUGAAACAGAAGAAGCAGAGCAGCAACAAACACAGAGGCUUUAGAGUUCUUGCUCUCCAAUCUGAUAACUCUACUGUCAAUAGAGUUGAGACUCUUCUCAACCUUGACACCAAGCCUUAUUCUGACAGGAUCAUUGCUGAGUACAUUUGGAUUGGAGGAUCUGGAAUUGACCUUAGAAGCAAGUCAAGGACUCUCGAAAAGCCGGUCGAAGAUCCUUCUGAGCUUCCCAAGUGGAACUAUGAUGGUUCAAGUACCGGACAAGCACCUGGUGAAGAUAGUGAAGUGAUUCUAUAUCCACAAGCUAUCUUCAGAGAUCCUUUCCGUGGGGGAAAUAACAUUUUGGUUAUUUGUGAUACUUGGACACCAGCUGGUGAGCCAAUCCCAACAAACAAACGUGCCAGAGCUGCUGAGAUCUUUAGUAACCAGAAGGUCACUGAUGAGUUGCCAUGGUUUGGUAUCGAACAAGAGUACACUUUACUUCAGCAAAACGUGAAGUGGCCUUUGGGUUGGCCAGUUGGAGCAUUCCCUGGUCCUCAGGGUCCUUACUACUGUGGAGUUGGAGCUGACAAGAUUUGGGGACGUGACAUUUCAGAUGCUCAUUACAAAGCUUGUUUAUAUGCUGGAAUUAACAUUAGUGGUACUAAUGGUGAAGUUAUGCCUGGACAGUGGGAAUUCCAAGUUGGCCCGAGUGUUGGAAUCGACGCAGGUGAUCAUGUUUGGUGUGCAAGAUACCUUCUUGAGAGAAUCACAGAACAAGCUGGUGUUGUCCUAACACUUGACCCCAAACCAAUAGAAGGUGACUGGAACGGUGCUGGUUGCCACACCAACUACAGUACAAAGAGCAUGAGAGAGGAAGGAGGAUUUGAGGUUAUCAAGAAGGCUAUCUUGAACCUCUCACUUCGUCACAAGGAGCACAUCAGUGCUUACGGUGAAGGAAACGAGAGAAGGUUGACCGGAAAGCACGAGACAGCUAGUAUCGACCAGUUCUCAUGGGGAGUGGCUAACCGUGGAUGCUCUAUUCGUGUGGGACGUGACACCGAGGCUAAAGGAAAAGGUUACUUGGAAGAUAGGCGUCCAGCUUCUAACAUGGACCCAUACAUUGUGACCUCACUUUUGGCAGAGACCACACUCCUUUGGGAGCCAACACUUGAGGCUGAAGCACUUGCAGCUCAAAAACUUUCCUUGAAUGUUUAAAAUUAGUCGACGCUUUCAAGAAUCCUAUGAACACAUGAUGUCUAUGUGGUCCAUCCUGGAUCAUAAGGUUUGUUUAAAACAUUGGUUCGGAUUAAGACAUCUCAUUUGUUAUCUUUUUUCAUUUGUAUUGUUAAAACUCAGAACUGUACUAUGUGGGCAAUGUUCAUCUUUUUUUUUAUAUUGGUUCUUUUGACUGUUA